AUGGCAGACCUUGAAAAGUCGCUGAAGAUAUUCCCUCGACAGGCUGGAGUGUAUGCAAAGCCAUAUAGCUCUGGCGAAGAGAAGGCGAUUAGGAAGGUUCGUGCAGAAGUGUAUGGAUACAAGGCGCCCGAGACGGCCUAUACAAGGAAUUACAUCGAUAAGAAGUGCCCGUUUACGGGAGACGUGAAUGUCCAUGGAAGGAUCAUCCGGGCAGUAGUUAAGAAGAUGAAGGCUGAGAAGACGAUAGUAGUGGUGGUGAACUAUUUGCACUACAGCAAGAAGUACAAGAGAUACAGCAGACGACACACCAAUCUGUCUGUGCACAUGUCACCGUGCUUUGAGGGGAUGAUAAGUACUGGAGACAGUGUGAUCUGUGGCGAGACUAGGCCACUUUCGAAGACAAAGUCCUAUGUGGUUCUUGGAUGUAUCAAGAAGUCUACACCACAGGGUGAAUUCAAGCUUCUUGAGAGUAUCUAA